CGACACCUCGCGUCCUUAUUCUCUGCACAAGCGCGAAACAUGAAAUUGCUUAUUGAGUAGUUUAUGGUGCCUGGUGGGCUGUUCAGUCUUAAACAAAAUAAGAAGAAGUUCCCUAAUGUUUAAAGAAGAGAACAGGUAUGUGAAAUGAAGGAGAUGUGUCCAUCUGUUAAGAAGCAUUCAGAGAUGGGGAUGUAAAUGAGGACAUGUGGUGUCGGAGGAGGUGAGCAAUUCUAUUUAAGGAGACAAUUGAGUACACCAUAGUGACCAUGGAGAAAAUACUUGCUAAUAUUAAAGAGGAAGACUGUGAGUGGGAACCUGUACAUCCUCAGCAGGAGACUCCUAAAGUUAAGGAGGAAAACUGUGAAUGGAACAUUAAAGCAGUUAAAGAAGAAUUUGAGCCAACAUCUGAUAAUAAUGACAUGCAGAAGAACAAGAGUAUAAAUGGUGUCCAGCAAGAAGACCUUAAAUUGGAGCCUGUCACUCUGCCUCUGUGUUCAGAUAAAGGAGUACCUCAACGGAGCUUCAUGCCAAGUAGACACGACUCCCUGAACCAACCUUCUGCCCAUGUGCGGUGUGAGCGGUCUUUGGAGCCUGAUGUGAAGAAGAAUGAGAAAGCCCCAUGUUCAAGUCCAUCUGGGGAAGCAGAUUUACAAGGAAGAGGCACCUUCUCUUCGACUCUCCAGACUUUUGUUCAGUGCAGACCACAACAAACACUACAUGAAGAAACUAUGGAGAAACUGACAUCUGUCCUGGACACUUUGAUUCCAGCCUCUUUGCAUUAUUUUGUUGUACCAGAAGAUAUACCGAAGAAAUUAGAUGGCACUAACACACUACAGGUACAAAAUAAAAAAUCAGCAACUUUAUCCAUUUGCCAAGACUGGAAGAAAACGUCUAAAUACAAAGAUAAGUUGAGUCAUAUGACAGAACAGCAAUAUGGCUUCUGCAAGUAUGGAAAGCAAUUCUCCGACAGUACCCAACUUCAGAUACACACAGCAGUUCACACUGGGAAGAAGCCAUUUUGCUGUUCUGACUAUUGCAAGCAGUUUGCUACUUGUACCCAUCUUCAGACCCACAGAAGAACUCACACUGGAGAGAAGCCAUAUUCUUGCUCUGACUGUGGCAAACGAUUUUCCUACUAUAGUAGUCUUCAGAACCACACAAGAACUCACUGUGGAGAAAAGCAGUAUGGCUGUUCUGAAUGUGGAAUAUGGUUCUCCACCAGAAAAAGUCUUCAGACCCACUCAAAAGUGCACACUACAAAGACCAUUGUUGCACUCCACCUGUUCUAA